ACCCAACUUUAUUCUGGUAGUAUGUGAAUUACCUAUAGAGAGUUACACUGUAGGAAUAUUAUGUAUGAAAUUGAACUUAAAAAUAUGACUUGAAAACAACCAACUUAUUUUCUGUUAUAUUUGUUCUUGUAGUUUGAAUAUUGUCUUAAAAAGGUGCAACUUUUUAUUGAAAAUGUACAACCUUUGACAAAAAAUUACAACUGUGCCCUGAAUAGAACCAGUUUUGAUCUAAAAAAUAUAGACGACUGUGCUUUUUCAUCUCUAAAAUUGAGUAUUUUCUCAAACAACUUUUUUUUCUUGAAUAUAUCCAAUUUAAUGAUCGUAAUAUUAUGCUUUCUUUUCGAAAUGUACUUUAUUCUCACAAUAUAAAUUUAAUGCAAAUAAAUAUUUCCUUACAAUGUACCCUUAAAUUUUGAAAAUGUAAAGAGAAUCACUUGUGUCUCAAAAAAUAGAUGACAGAAUACUGUACUGUACUAUCAGAUUGUCGUGGAUAGAUGGGAGAGGCGCACUUCCAGGAUUUGUCGCUAGAUGCCGCAAGAAGGGAACGGCACGCACGAUCGGGGAGUCUCCUGCAAGCUGUGCUUGCUGUGUCACAUGGAACCUCGGUAGCCGAGAGGACGCGACGCGAGGGGAGAUGAUGGCGGGGACUUGAGGGACGUUGAAGGCGAACGCGCGUGGAAAUUCGAUUGCUUUUCCCAGGCGACCCUCGCCCACCCCAAGCCCCACUUACCUUACCUAGACAUUAUUACCACCUGGCGGGGAAGGAAAAGGCGCGCUGUUACUGGGGCUCAGCGGGCAGCACCAAAAACAAGGAGAAGGGGGAAAAAGGGAUGCCAGAUGUAAUGCGGUGCAUUGGUGCUGCGUGAAGCCUCCACGGUGACGGAGGAACCGAUAGAAGCGCGCUGCGCCGCAUGCACGUUGAUCGAUUAUGCUGGUUGGGAGGCGGUCGCUGGUCCGACGAGCUGAACCCAAAGAACGGGCUCAUGGUGCCCCUCUCCAAACGUCGGAGCUGAAUCCCAGAGAGAGCGUGGCCCUUGCCUGUGCGCAUGAGCGUGAGGGCGAGAGUGUGAGUGUGAGUGUGAGCGUGCGUGAGAGAAAGUGAGCGCCAGCGCUCCCACAUGGCCUCCAUGCAGGACGGGCUGAACUUCACGACUCCUCCCUACGGCAAGGUCCUGCUGCUGGGCGCCAUCGCCGCUGCCUCAGCCUUCAUCGUCACCAUCCUCAUUGUGGUGCUCUGCGUGGGCUGCCAGAGGAAAGGAAAGACACACAAUGCGCCCAGUGAAGGUGGGAAACAUCGUCUCAUGGACAUGGGUAUACUCAGGCAGUCAAAGCUGCGGUCCAUCAGUAAAUCAGACACAGAGAUGAACAAGAUCAACUGCAAUGGCAAAAGCAGGCAGCUUCCCCAGAUUCCCUCUGGGACUGGAGAGGACGGAGAGCACACUUACUCUGAAGUGGGCCGAAGCUCCUCCGCCACGCGAACUGACGACGCGCUCUAUGCCAUGGUAGGCAGGGCCGGGCAGACAGAUACUCCGGCCCCUCCGGCCGUCCCCGCCAACACUCCGGCACCGCCUGAUCCAGACGGGGACGUGGAAGGGGGCCUGCCUGAACCCGAAGCCCAGGUCGUGUCCACUUCUCACCCCCAAGAGACGGCGGAGUAUGCCUGCGUCAGGAAGCUGAGGAAGGUGGACAAAGCGCCCCAGAAGAGGGACAGCGGGACGGACACGGGGGAUCCGCCGGUGCCGCCUCCGCGACAUCCCCCACCUUCUCACCCCGCCCCUCCGCCGCCACAUCCUCACAGCACAAAGCUACCCCGCAGAAAUGUGGAUGCCUUUAACGUGCCCUCAUUCCCCAAGGAAGUGAUGUUUAUGGGAAAUGGAGAGCAGUACAUCUGGAAGCCUCCCGAGGAAGAAGAUGUCCUCAUACUCCACAAUAAGGCCCUGGCCCCGCUCGGGGCACACACCAUGGAGAACAUCCAACCUUCUGCUGCAGUGGUGGCUGAGAUGUACUCCAAGGUGUGUAAGCCAGCCAAGAAGAAACGAGCCGUACCUGGAUCUCCGCCGUCCAAUCCCGGCUUCAGGACCUUGGGUCGCCCCGACCGGGACCGAGAGCGUGACGGGGGAUUUAGCGUAGUGGUCAAGCCCCAGACGUGGGCCCCCCAGGAGGGCAAAGUGCCCGCAGGCUCCCUGGACGAGCACUGCUACGAGUCCUUCGGGACAGAGGAAUGCGAGCCGGCCUACGAGAACCUGGAAGGCGGAGGCGGUUGGAGACGAGAGCGAGCUCCCAACACGUGCGCCACCUUGCGGCCCAGGAGGAAGAAGCCACAGCAGCCUUUGCAACAGCAGCAACCGCCUCCUCCGCCGCCUACGCAGCACAACCCCAAGUUACAGCACCUGCCCGCCAAAGCCCUGCUGCUUCCCGGGGAGAGCCUGUACGAGAGCAUCGGCGACCUUAAGCAGGGCUCCGCCGCUUCCAGCACCACCACCAUCUUCACCUUCAACGAUGGCAUGGAGAUGUACGUCACGGGGCUCUGAGGAGGAGGCUGCCGCGGUGGAGCCAUUGCGACACGCCACCGCCGUCGCCAGUCUUUCCCAACCUUCACUCAGCCAAGGCAUAGAUUUGACAUUGGGGGCUCUAUUUUCAUAGAUGGUACAGAUCGUGUGUUUUUUAGUGCGUAGCAUUUCAAGUGAAAGAGAGGAGCUCCUUUGAUUGGCCACCAUCUAUCAGGUAUGCCAGCCUGCACUUGUUUUCUCAACCAACGUACCACCAUUAACACUUGGUCUCACCGUCGAGCAGGAUUUAUACCUUUCAUGAAACUCGAGCCCUAGAAAAAGUCUUAACACAAAACAACAUGCCCCAAAAAUUAUUACACUGCUCACAAAAAGUUGGGGAUACCGUAGUCAGCUUUUGGAAAAGUCACGAUCAGCACCAGCCAUGAAUUUUGUGUAGCAAAUAUCCUCAUUAGGCUCCGAGGUGAGCUGGAGCUUUUGUCCUACCUGACUUGUGGGGGAGGCACAGUACAUCCCUGUGUGGUUGCUUGUCAAUUACAAGGCACAUAGACAAACACACAUUCACAUGUAUGGACUAUUUAGAGUACUGUUUUUUUACCUUGUUGGAGACCCUGAACCCAGUAAAUUGCAGACUUGCAUUUACCAAAACUUUCAUAAUAGGAAAAAUAAAAAGAGUUGGGUUUUUUUCUUUUCUUUUCAAAUUCGUAAUUUAAGCACGGUUGACACAAACAUUUUCCAGAGUCACGAUUCUUUGCUUUCUUUUUUUGGACCCUGUGCCCCCUUGAUUUGUGAAAUCCGCAGAUUUUUUCAGUACUUUUUCCAGAUCUGCUACAGUGGUGUUUUGAGAUACUAAUUGAAGUGCUGAAAAUUUCUGGAGUUGGAAACAUGCAUUCCAAAGUUUAGAGAAGGUCAAGUUAGGUUCACCUCAAAAAGUUAUCGUGCAUUGUAGGUUAAUCCUGAAAUUUCACCAAUAUCCCAAACUUUUUGUGAUUAUCGUGUAGUGAAUUAAUGAUGAUGUCAUCUCAAUUUACUCACUAAUCUGGUUCUGAUUAGGUGAACGUAAAGCCAAUAUUGUGUUGCAGGAAUUGCAACAGAUUAUUCGUACCUUCUACAUGUCACUAUAUGUGGCUGGCAUAGAGAGUGGCUAAAAAAACACAUUAUUUGUGGUGUAUUAAGAUUUUCAGAGCGAUGAAAUGCAAUUGAAUCACUAAUGUGCCGUGGCAAAGAGGUUGAGAAUCACUGGCCAACACCACAAGUAAUGACGGCUGAGCCCCUCCCGUGCUCUAUCCCUCUCUUGGACAAACACACAAACACACACACACAUGCUGUUUACAUUAUGUCAUGCCUUUCCUGGGCUCCAGCGGCCUUAAAGUACUACGGUUUAUAUGUUACGACCAAGUCUUAGUCCAAUCCGGAAAGCUUCGAAGGAAUCCAAAGGUUGUGAGCACAAAAGCAUUGCAGAGCAAUCAGUAGGUACCAGUAGCACUAGUUCAUCCAUAGACGACAAGUGUGCAAAGCACAAGGAAGAAAGCAAGCAAGCUAAAUUCUUCCUCAUUUCUAGCGGGUAAUAUUCCUUGAUCGGAAGAAGAAAGGAGAAAAAAAAGCACAGCCUUGAGAAAUAUUUGGUAGCACUUUUGAGUGGGCCUUCCCUUCAACUUGGUCAUGAUUUUAUUCAGGAUGCGGCUUCAAUUAUUCUAAGGAGUGAGUUACUUGUCGAAAUACUGGAAAGCUCAGGGACUAAGUGAAACAAUUAGGAGAGUAUUCUAACUUCCCGGGGAACCAAACCCGAGAUGUCAAAACUUGCUGUUAUAUUCCCAACAUGCAUAUCUUUUUUAGCAGUUGCUGUUUACAUAAAUCAACAAAGUAUUUAUCAAAAAGAAUGUUUAAAACAUUGCAUCCACUCGUUUAUGAUGGCUCUCAUUAUUAAGUCAUGAGAUUGGAAAUUCGCCAGAAUAUGACAUGUUUGCCUUUUCCUGUACGUUUUAUUUCAUAAGAAAAAGACAAUGACAAGCUGCAUUUUCGAUUCCAUGAUAUGUACUACAAAACCUACACCAGUAUCAUCCCCAGUGAGGUUCAUGGCUGGCGAUGCACCGGCAUUUGUCAGAUUUACAACUUUAUUGUGCCACAUCCAUACUGAGGGAGUCAGUUACUACAGAAUGGAGGCAGAAUCCUGUAUGCCUCACCUCACACUUUUUCUCUUGUCUUACACCACUGACAAAACGACAUAAAUUAUGUAACAACAUUUGUUAAAAUACAUGAGUAACUGCCUGACUAUACAAACUCAUCUGGCAUGUCGUAAGUCUGUGGCUGCUACAUGAUUUUGAAUGAUUACUUUGAUCACUCUCACAAUCUUUUAGCUCUCGCAGUUCAAUAUCUCACUGUGCGUCAACGGCAUUUCCGAUCUGAACCUGAAAAUGAUUCCCCCCAACAUGGCACCAGUCCUUGGUUAUGAGUUUCUCUAUCUAUGCUAACGAAAUAUCUACCAGAGUACGUUUUUACAAUUACUGGCACAAACAAAUAUUCUUGUUUAAAGGAUUUUGGGGUGUAGUUCACGCCAGCCAGUUGGUGGGUUGAGCCGAGAGACCGCGGAGUGAUCAGCUUGCUACUACCAUGUCAUUCAAUUACAGUGUCGUUAAUUAGUGAUUUCUUAGCUUACUAAAUUAGCAAGUGAACAUGAAUGCAGGGUGGUGUUGUGUUGAUGUUGGCGAGCAAAAGAAAAUGAUGGCAAUAUAAAGCAUGGUAGCAACGUCUAUGAUGCGAGAACAGCAAGCAUUAUGGAUAAAGGGUUGCUACGGGUAACGAUCUGAUCUUGACUGAAUACAUGCAGAUUUUUAUACAAGAUCGGUGUGCAAAAAAUUCAAGGACGUCCACUCCGAUGUUUGGGAUCUUGGAGCCCAAACAGGUCCAGGGCACUCUAACCAAUGAGGGGAAUUCUUACCUUAGGCCGAAAUAUCAGACUACCAGACAAAGUUGGUCCCUCACAAUGACAGACUACUGCCAUCAAAUCCCGAUGUGUCUCGCGAUAUCAUUGUAUCCCGUCUUUUACAAUAAUUGCGUUAAUCCUGCCCAAUCAUGCUGUCAGGGCAGGCGGGAUCGUAACAUGUGUCAAUGCUAGCGUAUAUAAUAACCAUUCCACAGCGGCAAGAAAAACAACCAUGUUGACAAAGGCAAUUUAGAGACGUGAGACGCUAUUGCAGACAGUGACCGGAGGUGGCUUGCUGAAUAUUUGCCAACUCUGUAUGGCUUUCUUAGAAAAUAAAGGUGCAUCAUAAGCCGUAAAUGUAUACAUGUCACAUUCUCACGAAUUCACACUGUCAUGAGAGCGAACAGACCAAAAAAUGGCAUAGUUCGAAAGGAAGUAGAAGCGACGGUUGAAAUGAAGAUUGAAUGAAGAUAUGCAUAUUUAAAAUAGAACAAAAAAGUUUUGACAUUGUGUAUUAAGUUGCCCUUUAAAAACAAAUGCCACUUUUCUUUGCAUUCCUUAAGUCAAGUCAACAGUAUUUAUAGAGCACUUUCAAACAGCCAUCGCUGCAUACAAAGUGCUGUACAUUUUCAUUUCAGACCUGAUUCUUCACUGCAUCAUGUCUGGCGUGACAUGAAUUGAACACUGUCUCCAAUGCUGUCUGUAAAUGAACUGUUUUACUUUGCUAAGCCUGUCCUGCACUUUGCCUGCUUCGAGUUGCAUGCUGAAAAAAAGCAGGGGGAAUUAAAAAAAAUCAAAACACUGUUGAAUUGUACCUAUAUUAAUGUUUUUUAAUUGUUGUUGGUUGUUUCUUUUUCCAGUGUGUUGCUUUAUUUUAUCACUGUAGAACAAAAGGCCAGUUUCGAGUCCUCCUGCAAUGCAAAGAGGACUGUCACUGAACUGCUCGAGUCUUUAAAGGUGGACACGGCGCGCUAGCUGGACUCAUUCACCUCAUCGACAUCAUCCCGUCCCCUCCUUGUGCUCAUGUAGCGUCGUCUUGGGUUUUUGCCACAGCUGCCAUCUUGCUGCUGUGUUCAAUUUGUAUCUGGUCACUCCUCCAUCGAUGAAUAUCCGCUCUCCUAUAUGUGUUCAAAUGUUUCAGGAAUAAGGCGGAGGCGGGGGGGGGGGGGGGGCGAUAUACAUGUGACGACAUUCUGGACAAUGAUUCCAUUUGACCAAAUAUCCCCAGCAAACCGUGUGAUUAUACUGUAUGUUGAUGCGAUGUGUAUGUACAUUACAAAAGAGAAAGAAUAAUAAAUAUAUCAUCAGUGUCAAGAAAUCUAUCUUUUUCUAUGAUGUUUAAUUGUGUUAUGGAAUGAGUAAUCUUGUGACACAAACAGCUGCAAUGUAAAACAAAAAAAAGAGAAUCCUGUGUGUUGCUUGUUUUUUCUUGAACCCGUGAAAGUCGGGCAUCGCCCAUCCACCCCAACGGAUGGACGGACGGCCCCGCCCAUUUCAGUCAGUCAGUGUGGCGGCAGCUCAUGUUUUGUGUUUGCUCUUCAGACUACAGGGUCUUGUACUCCAGCAGCGUGUGACUCAAGUGCUAAGUGCAAAAGAUUGUAAUGUUUUAUAUCAAGAUUACUAUUCAUGAAAUGUCAGUCAAGUUUAUACUUUUGUAAUAAAGUGGCGCUUUAAAAACAGA